GUACUGUGAAAAUGUCAGAAUACGAUAAAGUACGGACUAGUAAACUUGUAUUGAAAGGUGAAAAAAUAAGAUCAAAAAAGCGGAAAUCGAAGAAACAGGAAAAAGAACAUACUAUUACUUCUGAAGAUAAGGAUACUAUAACUCAUGGUGGUUGGUGGAAAGCUACACAAGUAUCAGAAGUCACAGGAACAGUGGCAAUUGAAUUUGGAAGUCAUAUAUACAUGAAAGCUUUAGAUAAUGGAUUAUUUACCUUAGGUGCACCUCACAAUGAAGGUGAAGGACCUUCUCCUGAAGAAAUUUUAACAGCUUUUCCAAUAAGUGAAUCUAAAAUUGCAUUAAAAUCUGGUUAUGGAAAAUACUUAGGUGUUGACAAAAAAGGUGUUGUUGUUGGUAGAAGUGACGCAGUAGGUAUGAUUGAACAGUGGGAACCAAUAUUUCAGGAUAAGAAGCUUGCUAUUUUAAAUAGCAACAAUUGCUUUAUAUCCGUUACACAUGAAGAUGAUAUUGUUUGCCAAAGUAGGACUGCUGGAUCUUCUGAGUUUUGUACUAUAAGAAGUAUAACUCAAAAAGCUCAUGAUCCAAAUAAAGAUAUUCCAAAAGAGGAACAAGGUUCCCUUCAUGAUGUUGAGGUGAAUUAUGUGAGGAAAUUCCAAAAGUUUCAGGAUAAAAAAUUGAGAGUAAGUAAAGAGGAUCGCAAUAAAUUAGAAGAAGCAAAACGAGAAGGAAAUUUACAUGAAGCUUUGUUAGAUAGAAGAAGUAAAAUGAAAGCAGAUCGGUAUUGUAAAUAA